UUCCCAAAGGAGAGGCCCCAGCUGUGCCCAUGUGGUGGCAGGCGGGGAGGGGCCCGGCCUGGGACCCCCGUGGUGUGAGGCAGAGGAGAUUCUUCAAGGGGCAGCAGAUGAAUUCUGUACCAAGAUGGAGAAUGCUGUGGAGGACAUGGAUACAACUGAUACCCAGUGGGGUUGGUUUUAUUUGGCUGAAUGUGGUAAAUGGCAUAUGUUUCAGACUGACUCAAACACUCAAUGUUCAGUUAGCAGUGAAGACAUUGAAAGGAGCUUCAGAAUGAAUCCACAUGGCUCUCUUUGUUUUACUACUGCAAAAUUUAACUACAGGUUAGACUUUUCAGUGAUGAAGCAAACGAAUUUAACUACUGAAAAACAACGUCCAAUAAAGCGAGCUCCCUUUUCUAUCAGUGCUUUCAGUUACAUCUGUGAAAACGAGGCUAUUCCGAUGCCUCCACACUGGGAGAAUGUAAAUACAGAUGAACCAUAUCAGCUUAUUCCUUUGCAAAAACAGACAAAUGAGUAUAAUGAGGUUUCUGGUUUCUUUGCGAAAACAAUGGAUAGCAACCGAAUUAAAAGAAUUCAGAGAAUUCAAAACCUAGACUUGUGGGAGUUUUAUUGCAGGAAGAAAGCUCAGCUAAAGAAGAAAAGAAAUGUUCCUGCCAUUAAUGAGCACAUGUUAUUUCAUGGCACUAGCAAUGAAUUUGUAGAAGCAAUAUGCAUUCAUAACUUUGAUUGGAGAAUAAAUGGCAUGCAUGCUUCCAUAUAUGGAAAGGGGACAUAUUUUGCAAAAGAUGCUUCAUACUCUAGUCGGUUCUGCAAAGAAGAUAUGAAACAUGGAGACACUUUUCAGAUUCAUGGUGUGAACUUUCAGCGCCAUCUGUUAAGAACGUAUAAAGUCAUGUUUCUUGCCCGUGUAUUAACUGGUGACUAUAUCAAUGGCGAACCAAAAUACGUAAGGCCUCCCUCAAAAGAUGGGAGUUUUGUGAACUUAUAUGACAGCUGUGUGGAUAACACUUGGAAUCCGAAGAUCUUUGUUAUCUUUGAUGCCAACCAAAUCUAUCCUGAAUAUUUAAUAGAAUUCAGUUAAGUUGCAGGGAGCUGAACUGGAUAUUAGGUUAGAUUUUUCGGAUGAUUCAGAAAGUAUGGAUUAUUUUUCCAGGAAGAGCCUGAUUAGGGGAGGAGAAGAGGGAUCAGAAAUGGAUAAAGAAAAGGAUCACAGAGACUCAAAUACCUAAAGAAGGGAGGAGCUACAUUACCAACAAUUGAUUUAAGGUUUUAAAUGAAUAAAAAACAAAUUGGGCCCUCCUUUUUGAAAUUGCCUUCUUGGAUUUGUACAUAAGAUCUUUUUGACAGACAUACUUACAUCUAUGGGAUGAGAUGGGAGGCAGCUGGUUGCUGUACAUGCAUAGCCUGAUGGUAUGUCCUAGGUGACAGAAAUAUAUCCUUCUCCUUCCUUGGUCCUGUUAUCUUUGCUUGUCAGCAAAGUGUGCACUUGGACCAUGUGUCACUCUCUUGUGUUCUUUAAAAUUUCAUGGAAACAUUUCCUAGAUUUCUGUCUUUAAACUGGUCAGGGCAGAGACUAUAAAUGUAUAAAUUGCCUGGCACAGUAAGCCAUUGAUCUGGGGCCUCUGACUGCUUGGCAAACACAAACAAUUAUGACCUUUGCUAAGACACAAGACUUGUAAAAACAGACCCCUCUCCCCACUUCUCAUAAAAAAUUCAUAGCAAAGCCUGUACAGAGUUCCCAUAUUAGAGUCCUCUUUAUUUUUUACAAAAAGAUUCUACAAUGCAUUUCCUUUACGCAGUUAUAAGAAAAGUUGUUGAAAUAAAAAUCAUGGAUGCAACAACAUCAUGUAUUGAUUUUGC